UUCAUUCCCUCUGGGGCACCUGGCAUGGGCCACUGUCGGAAGGCAGGAUACUGGGCUAGAUGGACCUUUGGUCUGACCCAAUAUGGCCAUUAUGUUCUUAUGGAUCCUUUGCUGGGGACUCUCAGCACUACCACAAUAAAAAAUGUGUAACAACGCUCUGAAGAAAAGCUCUGGAUUGAUCAGGACCUGACCUCCGUUUUACCUCUUCAAAACACAGAAACUCCAAUGCCCUGAUUCUGCCGUGGGAAAAUCCCUACUCUAAAGGUGUAGUCUUUAAAAGGAUGGGGGCAUGGAGUGAUCUCUGAGGUAAUAAACAACAUGGAAUUAGAAAGGCAAACAUCACAAAAGCAUGGUUGUAAAUGAACACACCGUGGCAUCCAGAUCCUAGGCACCAUUUCACAAAAGCCAUGAGAUGGUGCUGCUCCAGCAGGAACCUACAGAAGGAGAGAGCAAGCAGUUACGAAAGGUGGCAUUGCCAGCAACAAGUGUUCCACAAUAGGAAGCACUAGUGGGCAGACGAGAAGAGUUGCCCCUUGGCACACCUGCUUCAAGGUGGGGAUGUGGGGCUGUUUAAAUUCUCCUCACACUUGCCCUAUUUUAAACUCACACAAAGCACCAGCCUGGCAACUUCAGUCUUCCGAGCUGUCAAGCUAGCUACAGAGCACAGACAGCAGCAGUGCAAGCUCCUGCCAAGCUGCCUCUUGCCAAUGCAUCUUACUGCCCAAGCCUUAGUUGGAGAGGCACCAGGAGACACUGGGCCUCUGAUCAGACUGUUGACAAGAGACAAUUACAGUACACUAGGUGAGGUGGACAGUUUUCCCCCAGGAAGUUGGCUGAAACUCACCAGCUACCAACUGGUUAUCAGCUAUUUGGUCAAUAUCAGCUUGGACUGGAUAUGAAUGCAUCACCAUUGGUCUAGCUUCCAUUCCUAAUGACCUGAACCAGCCAUUCUCCACUUGCUAAUUGAAACAGAAGAGUUUUUAAUUUGAAGACUCCUCUCAGCUUCCAAAUGAGUAUUGCAUAUUUGUUACUAUUCUCAUUAAUGGUAGCAAUGACUCCUUACGUCUCCAUAGCACCAGAGCUCACAAGCAUCCGUCAGCACUCUGCUGACAUGGUAGAUGAAUAAGAAUAGUUUCCCUUGCCCCUGGGAUGCACCUGCCUUUGGGGUUGAAUCCUCAUAGCCAUUGUGCACCAGUAACUGGACAGGUCUCAGGAGAGAAAGUGAAGAAAAACUGAUUCAGUUGAAUGGAGGAAUUUGAGAUCAUCUGAGUAAACAGGGGUAUCAGAGGCUGCCCUGUGUUUUAGGUAUGGCUUUUGGAUGGAAACAUCAUUGCUUCUGAGGAAUUCUAAUGCAAUUCACUGCAGCACUGAAGGCAUUAGGGCCCUGAGUUUUACACUGCCUCUGAAACCCUGUUGAGCACACAGAGCUCAGGGGGCCUGCAGGAAGCUCGGACUGAUAGACGAUUGAGCAAUGGGAUCUUCUGCAAAGUGUUAACAUGUGAACAGAUCCUGACCUCACCUCACUUAUUGUAGAGCCGUCGCUGGGACAGUGUCUGUGCAAACCCCUCAGCAUGAAGUGUAUUCCUGUGUGUGACUAGAAAGUGACCUGAUGAGUUAUGCUGCUCUGUCACUUUCAAUAUGCUACUGGGCUUCAUAAUCCCAAAAGACUGAGAAAAAUGGGGAGGGCUGAUCCCUUGCAAGAAGAGGCUGGUCUUUUUCGAUCACAUGGAUUGUCCACUAGAUCUGACCUUGGGUGAACCUUGAAGCUUGUUGAUGAGAUGGAAGGAGCAAGAGGGACAGGACAGGGAUAUAAAGGAAACAUUAAUCAUGCAUUCACAUGGCUGUUUGGGUUUAAAUUUACACCUAGGCAACUUUUAGAGGUGCCUUUCCCUGGGAAUUGCGCACAACAUAGAGAUAACUCAGUUUGGAGAAAAUUGUCUGCCACAGCUUCAAACGCAUGAAAAGCAGGAGAGAGGCAGAGCAAGGGAACUGAAAUUUUAUCUACUAACAGGACAAAGCGGAUACAACGUUGGAAACUUCGGAAGAAAAGAUGUCCGGUGGGAUUUUCUCUCCUUUGGAAAACCUCUGCAACCUGGAUAAUGCCAACUGCCACCCCCUGGUAUGUUUCCUGUGCCAUGAGCAGUAUGAGCAUCCCUGCCUCCUGGACUGUUACCACAACUUCUGUGCCAGCUGCCUGCGAGGCCGGGCAAUAGACAGCCGCCUCACCUGCCCUCUCUGUGGUCAUCAGUCCAUAGUGAAAGGAAACAAUGGGCUCCCGCCUGUAGACAGGCUCCUGAAGUUCCUGGUGGAUAGCUCUGCAGACUGCGAGGAGGAAGUUCAGUGUGCAAACUGUGACCAGGAGUGCAAGAAACAGGAAAUGGACACCAUGUAUUUCUGCAACACCUGUAACCAGCCCCUCUGCAGCAAGUGCCGUGAAGAGACCCACAAAGCCAAAAUGUUCUCUCGCCACGAGAUUGUCUCCUUGAGUAAACGCACUAAAGACAUCCACAAGAAAUGCUCUCUUCAUGAGGAACCUUACAUCAUGUUUUCAACGGAGAAAAAAUCCAUGCUCUGCAUAAACUGUUUCCGGGACAUGCAGGUAGAAAGCCGAGCCCACUGCAUUGACAUCGAGACUGCGUACAUGCAAGGCUGCGAGAAGCUUGACCAGGCUGUGAUGGCCGUGAAAGAGCUCCAGACGUCCACGCGAGAGGCCAUUGUCCUCCUCAAAGCCAUGAUUGAGGAGGUACGCAACAGUGCAGAUGAGGAGAAGACGUCCAUCAACUCGCUCUUCAGUAGCAUGCAGGAGAAACUAGCAGAAAGGAAAAAGAUGCUUCUGAAAGCCGUUCAGAGCCAGUAUGAAGAGAAGGAAAAGGCAUUUAAGGAGCAACUCUCCCACCUGGCCUCCCUGCUGCCUACCCUGCAGGUCCAUCUGGUCACCUGUUCUGCUUUUUUAAGCUCUGCGAACAAAGCCGAAUUCCUGGAUUUGGGAUACCAACUGAUGGAGAGGCUCCAGAAAAUAGUCAAACUUCCACAUCGGUUGAGACCUACGCAGACGAGCAAGAUAAACACCGAAUACCGGGCGGAAUUUGCUCACUGCUUGGAGCCACUGUUGCUGCUGAAUCCGCGCCGGUCUGUGGUGGUGAGCGGAGGUGGCAUUGGACCAGGGAUCAACAACGGAAACAUGCUCUCGGGUGGUCAGUGCUCCAAGACGCUGAUAGUGCCAGGCUGUCCCCCUUCCUGCGAUAAGAUGUCCAUCACAGGCUCCAUAGUUCGAAAGCCAACCAUGCAUCGUUACAUCAGCACCAAGGUCCUGCUGGCCGAAGGAGGGGAGACGCCCUUCACUGAGCACUGUCGCAACUAUGAGAACAUGUACAGGACCCUGCAAACGGAGAUUCAGAACCUGAAGGAUCAGGUACAGGAGCUGCAUCGUGACCUCACAAAGCAUCACUCCCUUAUCAAGACAGAGAUCAUGAGUGAGAUCCUACAGAAGUCCCUCCAGAUGGACGUGCAGAUUGCCUCGGAGUAUUCGUCUGUGGAAAUGAGGCGGAGCACGUUUGAAGAGAUUUGGGAGGAAACAUAUCAGAGGGUGGCAAACGAACAGGAAAUUUAUGAAGCACAGUUACAUGACCUGUUGCAGCUGAAACAGGAAAACAGCUACCUGACAACCAUCACCAAACAGAUUGCCCCCUAUGUCCGCUCCAUAGCUAAGGUGAAGGAACGACUGGAGCCCAGACUACAAGAACCCAAGGAACUGAAGGAUGACCAGACAGAGAAUCUGCUCAAAAUGUAUGAUGAUAGCACAGUGACCAGCGACACAACACACAGGAAUGACUUGACAAGAAGCAUGGAAGACAACAGGGAGCCCAAAGUGGACAACCGAAUGCUGAACAUUGUCACUGAGGAUCCCCUACUGAAAGACACUUACAGAACCAAACAGAAAGGUGGGACAGAGGGUCCCAGCCAGAAAGAUUUUGCAACUUAGGCAAGGCAGAAUGCCAAGAAGCUGCACGGCUUUGCAUUUCAUAUAUGCAAACAAAAGAUUUAAAUAGGAGUUUCUCAAGUACUUUUAUGGUUGAGUCAGAUUGGUGUGUUAUAGGGGAUCUAUCCAUUGAAAUAAAGACUUGACAAGAUGGGGAGGACCAGCAUUUCCAAAUUUAGUUUGAUGAAAUUGAGUCUUGAGAUGCAGUCUAAGGCUUCACCAAUUAAGUGAAUCUAAAUACUGUUCUCAUUACGUUACCAGAUGGUUUUUACUCAGUUAUGGUCUGACUUCCCAGGCCAAUUUCUUUGGCUGUUUGUGUAUUUUCAACAAUGUUAUGCUGUAUUUUUCUGCAUCAAUAAAUUCAAACCUCUAUUCAGCAGAGAAGUCCAGUAUCUCUCGAGUCAGAACUCUUUUGUGGGCCCCCAUCAGGUCAGAAACUUGUUAUUGGAAUUUCUCCUUCACAUGAAAACUUUGAAAAAACAAAUAUUGAUAUAUUUCACACCUGAAAUCCCUUCUUAUCUCAGCUGCUUAAAGCGAACUGUAAGCUCUUGGUGGUGAACCUAGAAAAAUGGAGUAUUAAUAAGCCUAAUUUUGACAUUGUGCUAUCAAUUUAUUUUAAAUGCAUGAAAACAGCUAGCUCUAUGCAAGUUUUAUUCCCCCUACCCCUACUACCUGCCCCAAUGAAUACAAUUUAUUUAAAAGUCUAGCUUAGUAAACAAUGUAUUCUUUGUAAAAUGUAGCUAUUUCCUCAAAAAGAAAGUAACCUUGCAUAGCCUUGAAGCUGGGUUUUGGGGCAGUUUAUGGUUUUGGGAUGGUUAUUUUUGGGGAGGAAUUGUUUUUAACACUUCUGCACUUUAGUGUAAUGAGAUCAGUAGGACUUUGAGUUUUUAUGCUGUAGACUGUUCAGAAGUCUUGUUUUCCAUAAAAGAUGUACACCGCUUUGUAUAUUAAAAAUCUGAAAAAAAUAAAAUGUCAGUUCUUGAUACUUCA